AGGAUCUGCCUCGCAUGAAUGAAUCUUGGGGUUUCUCAAAAGCCCACUUAUACCUGAUCAAGGGGGCAAGAAAACUCUGGGCCUUUAUCUCAAGCGACAAAAAGACUUGGGCAAGUUCAGUAUGAAUAAACUUUUGAACUAGUCAGUUAUUUUUGACACCUUGGUUCUAAGAUCAGAAGUUUCUGGCGCCCUGGGGCCAGUAUCCAAUAACUUGAGCCUUGGUCUCACAUACCUCGAUGAAAAAGCUGCGAGACAACCAGAAGCCGUAAUGGUGAGAAUAUAUAUGCAAUGAAUUACUUGCCUGAAAUUCUAAGAUCUUGUGAUGUUUCGGUCGUUGAUGAAAACCACCAACAGAAUGAUUGGGUGGCUGACUUUGGUGCCUGAGGUUAUGGGACUAGCGCUAUGGAUAUCUCGAACUACAGGAUCAAGCGAAUCUUGCUUCAAGCAUCUGUCCAGGCUCUCAAAUCGAUGAAGAGUUACCUCGAAUAUAGCUGAAUGAUUUUUCUAUAUAUACCAUUACUCUCAAAACAAGUAACUCUGCGAUGAAAGACUCCCCGCAACGGACUCCAAAUAUUCCGAGAUACCCGAACGCGCCGAGAACGGAGGCUGCAGCAACUCAGCCGCCAGAUUUGAAGAGCAUACUGCGCGUGAGGCAACUUGCACGUAUCCGAAAGGCAUGUUUGCCUUGUAGGGAGAGAAAAGUGCGCUGUAAUCAUCAGCAGCCCUGUCAAACAUGCGUCAAGCGCGGUCACUCUGACCUCUGCUUCUACGACCAGCCUCGGGCGUCAUCAAGUCCAACUCCGCAACCUCAACAACCAGAAUUACAGGCUACGACGGAGUCGAGUCAUCGUAGCAACAAUGCAACACACCCUGGGCGCCCUGUCAGUCGCAAUGGCAGUGUAUCUAACACGAGUCCGUCCUUGCUAGGUGACAACUCCAUUAUCUCCGUAGCAAAGCCAGAUACCACCCAACCUCAUUCAAACAAUGAACGUCGCACCGCGUUUGAAACUGGAAUUCUUCCUCUUCUGGGUAUGGAUGGCGCUUCCGAUGUUGGGCGUGGCACAUCAGCAGGGCGCUCAGAAACAACACUUGCUCUUGAUCAAGACAUGAUUUCUCUGUUUGGCUUCUAUCGGGAUAGAGUUCACUCUUUCCAGUUCGUUGUCGACGAUCUUGCUGAAAUCGAGAAGCUCAUAUGUUCUCUCUUGAACCACGAAAUUCAGGUACAGCAUAUCGACAAUCAUAGCCUUUGCCUUCUUCAUGCUAUAAUGGCGGCUGGGGCGCAGUUCUCAGAUUUGCCCACUGCUACACGACUAUCUAAGUCCAAUCAAAAUUUGCACGCCUCUCUCAAGUGUUUGGGGUCUUUUGACCUGUUAUGGAAUCCUUCCAAGAGACUGAUCCAAGCAUUGCUCAUUCUUGGUCAUGUGUUGCAAAAUGACAUGAAUCCUCGUGCAGCUUGGAUCCUCGGCGGCACCACGGUUCGAGUUGCGCUAUCUGUUGGUCUCCAUCAGCCUAUGAAUCACUGUUCUCUCCGUCUCUCUCCUGCCGAAGCGCAACAGUUAAGGCUCGCCAUUGUUUGGCAAGAUGCUCUACUCUCAUUGGCGUUCGAUAGACCCCCAGCCUCUCAUGAAAUGAACCUAGAGUCGGACCUUCCAGCUCUGAUAUUGCUAGAUCCGUCUAGCCAGCCUCUUGACUACCGACAGGCUAUGAACUGGCUAUGCCAUCUGAGCUUCAGACAUCUUCCAAGACUUCCCCAGACAGAACCGGUCAGGAACUAUAGCCUCCUCUUUCAUGACUUCGACCUUUACGAGUCUUCUCUAGCUCCUCACCUACAGGAUUUGCAGCGUUGUACCUCGAUCCAAGAGCUACAGGAACACUAUAGCCUGAUCGUCCACCGUUACUUUCUUCUCUCUACCCUCUGUCGCCCUAUACUGUCCUCGCAGAACAAAGGAAAGUUCAGUGAAGAAGAAUGCUCUAUGAUCUUGAACCGCUUUCAAGGUGCACUGAAACGAAGUGUCUGUGCUUUCAUCAAGCUACGCUCAAUCUCAAAUCUUGCAACCCGUUCAUGGGCCUUCGUUCACAAUGGUCUUGCCUCAGCACUCUUGUUGAGUUUUACCCGAGAAGGCUCUGACGCUCAAGUUCAAGACUCCCAAGAAAUACUAGCUGAGCUAGUAAAAACAUUGACUGAGCGCAGCGACGAUGUUGGACAGUUCUCCGCGGCGCACAAGAAAGCUCUCAGGGCGAUUCAAGCUCUACAACGAUCUUCAGUGGAGGAGGCCAGAUGCCAAAGUGAGAAUUCAUCUCAAGAGCAUCAUCCAAUAGCGGAAUCUUCGGAGAGCAUGAAUGUUUUACCAGAGCACUUCGGUAACACUCAGGAACAAAGCAUGGCAAGCUUGGAUGAUUGGCUUCGAGACUUUGACUUUGACGCAUUUUCUCCACUUGAAUCAUACAAUUUCAUCAUGUCGGACCAGGUGCCGCACGAUUUUGGUCUCUAGGUCCCUAUCUGGCCAACGAAUUCCUAUGCGCUUAGAGAAUAUACUAAGCUUAUGAUAAAUUGUUUAGAUAACGUUGCAUUUGAUAAUGGCAUCUAUAAAUAAUCUAGUGAUCUCUAAAAGUUUCUAUUCUAAGUUUGCCUAAACUCUC